AUGCUGAAAAAAUCGCCUGCGUCCAACGAUCCAGCGAAUUUGCCAGAAUGGCCAUCGUCCAUUGAACGUUCAGACUUGCUCAAUUCCGCAAUCGACGAUAUUCGCCAGCUUUUUGAAAACGUCCCAAAACCGAUCAAUGUGAAGACCCUCUCGGCGCAUCCAGAAAAAUACUUACCGUUUUUGCACGCCAUCUUGCGUGAAACUGAAAAUUACAAUGCCGAGCAGAUCAACAGUGUUGAAGUUGUACAAACCGAAGCCAAACAACGGAUGGGCGCGGACUCUCAUCACGACUCUCGAUGA